AUGCAGCAGCCCUCCAGCCAGCCCCGCGCCGCGGGGACCUGCAGGCGGGGAGGCUGGGGAGUGGGGCUCUUGGAGCAACUCCUGCCCUGUGUUUCCUCGGUCGCAGGGAGAGCGGUGAACCCCAAAUCGGUGUGCGAGGGCUGCCAGAGGGUCAUCUCGGACCGGUUCCUGCUGAGACUCAAUGACAGCCUGUGGCACGAGCAAUGCGUGCAGUGCGCCUCUUGCAAAGAACCGCUGGAGACCACCUGCUUCUACCGGGACAAGAAACUCUACUGCAAGCUCGACUACGAGAAGCUCUUUGCUGUGAAGUGCGGAGGGUGCUUUGAAGCCAUCGCCCCCAGCGAAUUCGUCAUGCGAGCCCAGAAGAGUGUGUAUCACCUGAGCUGCUUCUGCUGCUGCGUCUGUGAACGGCGGCUGCAGAAGGGUGAUGAGUUUGUCCUGAAGGAAGGUCAGCUGCUCUGUAAGAGCGACUACGAGAAGGAGCGGGAGCUGCUCAGCCUGGUGAGCCCGGCUUUGUCGGAUUCCGGUAAAAGUGAUGAUGAAGACAGCUUAUGCAAAAUGGGACAAACCCCUGGGAAAGGAGAGGACAGUAAAGAUCACAAGAGGCCCAAGAGACCCAGGACCAUCUUGACAACGCAGCAGCGGAGGGCAUUCAAAGCAUCAUUUGAGGUUUCCUCCAAGCCAUGUAGAAAGGUCAGAGAAACUUUGGCAGCAGAGACUGGGCUGAGUGUGAGAGUCGUGCAGGUCUGGUUCCAGAAUCAAAGAGCAAAGAUGAAGAAACUUGCAAGGAGACAACAGCAGCAGCAGCAAGAUCAACAAAACACACAGCGGUUGAGUUCAGCUCAGACAAACAGUGGUGGGAGUGCUAACCUCGAAGGGAUCAUGAACCCAUACACCACUUUGCCCCCACCACAACAGAUGCUGAGUAUUGAGCAGAGUGUCUACAACUCGGAUCCCUUUAGGCAAGGGCUAACUCCACCUCAGAUGCCAGGAGAUCACAUGCAUCCCUAUGGUGCUGAGCCCCUUUUCCAUGACCUGGAUAGCGACGAUACCUCACUUAGCAAUCUGGGAGACUGUUUCCUAGCAACAUCAGAAGCUGGACCCCUGCAGUCAAGAGUGGGAAACCCUAUUGAUCAUCUGUACUCCAUGCAGAACUCCUAUUUUACUUCUUGA